AUGAACGUCAGCGACGGAGACAUCGUAAAUUGGUCCGCGGGCAUUGCGAUAAGUCCUCUGUCCUACUACAGGUGCCGCGACAACCUUUACCAAGUCCGAACGAUUGUCGACUACCAGAUCCGCUGGUCUGCAAUAUUCACCUUGGUCCACAAGCACAAAUCCUCGGCACGGAAUAUAAUCCCCAAGUACGCCAAAGACUCAAAUAUAGUCAAUCAAGAAGGCGGUAAGACCCUUGCGGAAUUCCCCAACAGCAUAGAGCUUGGGAAGCUCGGAUCCGGUCAAGAUCCGAACAACAAAGGAGCACUCCACUACUAG